AUGAAGCUUGCCAAUUUCUUCCUCUCCAUACUUCCUCUGGCAUCGGCCGCCAAGAGUAUCAACAAGCCCCGAACAGACAACGUUUCCCAACCUGCCACUUCAGAAGAAUGCUGCCCAUUCACCUACAAAGCAACAUGUACCAAGAAUCUCGAACGCAUGUAUCACAUCAAGCUCUUCUACAACCACAAAAAGGAUAUCACGCCUGAGGAAUUCAGCGCAUACUGGGCCCACAACCACACCAAGACCGCUGGAGACUUUCAUCUUCGUCAUGGUAUCUACAAGUAUUCUCAGUAUCACUCCACUCCUCAGUACCGCGACCUCGUGCGGGUCCCUGGUGCUGCUCCCGUACUCGAAUUCGACGGCGCCGCAGAAUUUUGGGUCCAGAAUAUGGAGACCUUUGCCGCUAUGGGAGCUGAUCCGUUUUACCGAGACGUGAUUCAGGCUGAUGAGCUUAAUUUUAUUGAUAUGGAGUCAAUGAGACUGAUUGUUGGUGUUGACUACAUCGUUGUUGAGAACCAGAACGCUGUUACGGAGCAUGGCCGAUCGUUUUGA